UCAAAUUGAAAAGGCAGAGAGGCCAUAAAACUCUGUAAGAGUUGCAGAAUUGGUAAUGGCUCGCCAGCCAUCAGAUGGACAGAGAAGAAGGCCUGGCCGACCACCAAAGGAAUGGAGAGAAGGACCUUGCCAGGAGUCAAAAGCUCCGGCAGUGGAGAGCCCACCUGGCCACCAUUUCUUUAGAGUAAUCCUUCAAAAGAUAAUUGAAGACAAGAAACUGAGGAUUCCCUUAAGGCUAGUUAACAGAUCAGUAGGAUCAGCUCAACUUUCUGAUAUGGCAAGACUUUGUGUUCUAAUGGAAAUGAAUGGCAAGUAAAGGUAAACAAUGAUGGAGAAUACAUUUGGUUUAUUGAUGGAUGGUCCAAAUUUGUGAAGGAAAAUUCAUUCGCAAUCACUAUCUUUUAAGUUUUGAAUACAAGGGAAACUCUCGUUUUAAUGUUAUUAUCUUUGAUCCGUCUAAUUCUGAGAUAACUGAGUAUGGAAAAAAUGAAGAAGAAACCAGGCAUGAAAAUCAGGAGACAGAAUGUGAUGAUUUUGGAGAGGAAACAAAAUUGUAUCAAACAAAAGGGACUGAAAUACCCAGUACAUGCAAGAACGACAAUAAUAAAAGGAAGGUGGAAGUCUUUUGCUGUUUGCAAUACCGGAGAUUAUCUGAAAUGAAAUCACUGUCUAAAGGUAGCAAGAAAGCAAUUCUUGCUGCUGAUUUGUUUGAGCCCACAUAUCCUGCUUUUAAGGUUCUCUUGCGACCAUAUAAUUUUACACCCGGUGCUUCGUAUGUGCCAAGUAGUUUCGUCGAAAGGUACAUGAAGAGGGUUCAUGAAGAAGUUAGACUGGAGUCUCCGGAUGGAAAGAGAUGGAGCGUUCGGGUCACUGACAAUGGUUAUGGUUUGAAUUUCAGUUACGGAUGGAAAAGCUUUUCCAAUUAUAUUAACUUGAAAGAUGGAGAUGUUGUUAUUUUUCAAAUGAUCAAUUCCAAGGACUUUUUGCUCAAAAUCAAAGUAUUUCGAUCUUGAAUGGUGCUAAUUAGUUACUGGCUUAACUAAGUUUGAUAAUGUUGUUGUUGGAAUUGCUUGUUAUACUUUGACAUGAUUGUACAUUGCUAGAUGUAAUUUAAUUCUGCAAAAGUUUUUUUGUA